GAGCAUUAUCUUGUUGUUCUCUUGAGGGAGAGAGAGAGCGAGAGAGGCGUGGUUAAGGUUAAGAUUCUGAUUAUUGCUUACUGGAAGCACUUAAAAAGACGGGGAAGGACUUGCGUUGUGGUGUGUUCUCGGUGUUGAACAUUCGGGGAGGAGAUUCAGUUGCUCGUGGAGAUAAGAACGGCCGCGGGAUCCAGCUGACUGUCGUGGUGGAUCUAAGCAGCACUUCGGCAGGUGCCAGGGCGUAUGUUCGAAAGUAUUGUGUGAAUGGUACGUGGAGUCAUUGCAGUGUUCUGAGCGACGGUUUGAGACAAUAGUGCGGGUUCGAAGAGGAAGACUGCGGGAGAAUGAACAGGAUCCGAAUUCUGCUGCAGUAUGCCAUUCGGUUGCAGCCUUCCUGCUUGCACGUUAGCGCUGUUGCAAACAAAAUCGUCACAGUUGGAAGCCAAAAAUGUCACUCCACCGCGUACCGGAUUGUACGUGCCGUACUCCGCAAAGUUUCUUUCGGGCAAUCAUUUGCGCCGUUCUCUUUUUCAGCUCGCCAAUAGAUUUUUUUGUGCACGCGGAGGCUUUAACAGGUGCGGAGAGUGACCUUGAGUUGCCUACUUCCAGCAUUCUUAGUGGUAAGCAUUUCAUACAAUAUGGCACACAGAGGACAAGAGCGGAUAGCAGACCGAAACAUUGGAAUCGCAUGUCGGAUUCUCGUCAUGUUAUCGGUACUGAGAGAAGCAAUGACUUAACCAAGUUCUACUCCGACCUGCCAGAGAUUGCAACGUGGGACAACGCCAUGCUUGGUACCGACAUCGACAACAAAUUCUUUGGGAGAAGCUUUAACCGUAACCGGCGAAUGCUACAACAAACAAGAAAUUUGUGCACCAACAAAGACAUAAGCAUUUCCCAAGGCCCUGAUGGUUCUCCUGGCAUGCCACACUUUUCCGUGCAAAUAGUGAACACGUGCAUGUCUGGCUGUGCUCCAUCACAAGUCCAUGUAUACUGUGGCUGGUUUGCGUCAGCCUCACUCGUUAAUCCUAACAUCUUCCAAAGACUAGCAUAUAAUGAUUGCCUCGUCAACGGAGGAAGACCUCUUAAGCAAGGGGAAAUUAUGUGCGCAUCACUACAGACGUUAGGAUAACGCACGGACUUGAUGGAUCAGGAAUUCCUCUCUUCAGUGCUAGAUAGUCGACAGAAUCGUACCUUAUUCCGCACCAGCAGGCAUUCACGUCUUUUGUGACUGGUUGGCCAAGUCUCCACCUCCCAAUCCCAACAUUUUCCACCACAAUUCUAGUGACGAUUGUCUCGUGAAUGAAGACAGCCCACUGUUUCACGGCGUCAUAAUUUAAUUUCAGUAUGCAAAUUCCUUUUUGUAUCCAAUGCGGUUACGUUCAGCCAGGCUCGGCAGAUAGUCUCUUAUCUUAUUGCAGUAACAAGGAUAGUUCUUGUACCAAAUGACGCAUUAUGACCGAUUGUUUGUAAUCCUGCCUGUGAUUGUAUACUGAUUGUUUGCUAGGACACUGCAUACACCGUGCAUUAGAAUUUCUUAAUGCUGGAAAAAGACAACGAGGUGGAGCAUGCA